UGGAGCAGCCUUUAAAUUCUGAGAGGUCCUGGUUGUCAGCAGCAGGGAGAGGAGGCGGUCAGAGUGCAGCACUGAGCACAGACAGGAUCAGCACCGCCUGGGACCGGGCUCUUCUCCGCCGCCGCAGACCAAGGAACAUUCAUUACAAUGAGAAUUGCAGUGAUUUGCUUCUGCCUCUUGGGCAUUGCCUCCGCCCUUCCAGUUAAACACACUGAUUCUGGCAGCUCUGAGGAAAAGCAGCUUUACAACAAAUACCCAGAUGCUAUAGCCACAUGGCUAAAGCCUGACCCAUCUCAGAAGCAGACUUUCCUAGCACCACAGAAUACUGUGUCCUCUGAGGAAACUGCUGACAACAAGCAAGAGACCCUCCCAAGUAAGUCCAAUGAAAGCCCUGAGCACACAGACACUGUGGAUGACGAAGACGAUGGAGACAGCCAGGACACUGACGCAAAUGACUCCAAUGACGCUGACCAUUCCGACGAGUCUCACCAUUCUGAUGAAUCUGAUGAAGUGGUCACUGAUUUUCCCACUGACGUUCCAGCAACUUCCGUUUUCACUCCACCUGUCCCGACCGGAGACACAUACGACGGCCGAGGUGAUAGUGUGGCUUAUGGGCUGAGGUCGAAAUCUAAGAAGUUCCGUAGAUCUGAAGUCCAGUAUCCAGAUGCCACAGAGGAGGACGUCACGUCACACGUGGAGAGCGAGGAGGUGGGUGAUGCACCCAAGGCCAUCCUGGUUGCCCAGCGCCUCCACAGGUCUUCUGACUGGGACAGCCGCGGGAAGGACAGUCAGGAGACGAGUCAGCCGGACGACCGCAGUGUGGAAACCCACAGCCGCGAGCAUUCCAAAGAAUUCAAGCUGAAGGCCGAGGAUGAGAACAGUGAGCGUUCCGACGUGAUUGAGAGUCAGGAUAAUUCCAAAGUCAGCCAUGAGUUACACAGCCAAGAAUUCCGUAGCCGGGAAGACAAGCUAGUCUCAGACCUUAAGAGUGAAGAAGACAAACACCUGAAAUUUCACGUUUCUCAUGAAUUGGAUAGUGUCUCUUCCGAGGUCAACUAAAAG